AUGGGUCGCUGUCCCCGCCCCUCCCCUCCCCCCCCGCUGGGGUCACUCUCGGCCGCUCAGGAUCGGGCCCUUCGGGAGCUGCGCUCGGAGGUGGCGGCGCUGGAGCAGCGGCUGCAGGAGCUCAGGCACCGCGGGGGGCAGCCCAGCGGGUCCCGCCGUGGGGCAGAGCGGCUGCAGCGGCGCCUGCAGGAGGCAGAGCGGGGCCGGGAUCAGGCCCAUAGGGACCUGGAGGAGCUGAGCAGGAGCCUGGAGAGUGGAGCUGUGGGGCUGGGGCUGCUGCUGGAGCGGAUGGGGCUGCAGGAUCAUCAGCGCCCCCUGGCGGUGCCGCAGCUCCUUGCACGGGCGCGGGCUGGGAUCGAGGCUCUGCGUCAGGGUGGGCGGGGCCAGAGGAGACUGCAGCACGAAGACCCCGACACUGAGGACCCCACGGAGCUGCCCCAUAGCUCAGAUGAGGAUGGCCCCGCCCCCCCCGCGGCCCCGCCCACCCGCGCCGCCAUCAAGAACCAAUCCCGGCUCCUGCUGGAGGGGCGGGGCCCCGAGAGACCCCGCCCCCUGUGA